AUAUGAUAUAAAUAUUUCAGAUUUAUCUCAUAAUGCUGCCUGCAAGAUUAAAACAUAUACAUGCAUCAUUUGAGGUUUUAUGAUGGUUAGCUUCAUGGAGUAUGACUGAGAAAUCAUAUACAUGAAGUAAAGUCUAUAUCAUAUGGAAGAACUUUGAAAAAAAAGGUUUCAGGCUAUAUUCCAGUUUUUGCAAAUGGCUCACGAGAUUCAUCAAAACAUGAUUCCUCGUGAUGAGUACAUGCUCCCUCAUACUGUGCUCAUGGACACAAGUCACAGAGGGGUUGUUGAUAGAGACCUCUCACCCUCAGCCAAUGGUUUAAUGGCUAUUACCUCACUGUCUCAGAAAAGACCCUCUUCUGCCUCAGACAUCAGGGAUACCAAAAAACACAGAACAAAGUCUCUUCACUUCACAUGUACAGUGGUCAGUUGUGGAGAGAAGUUCAGCACAAGUGAGCAGCUAGAUACACAUAUGAAAUUACAUGUUGGAGUCAAGCCCUUUACCUGUGAAGUCUGUGGCAAGGUGUGCCAGACAGAGAGCAAGUUGAAGGCCCACCAAGCAUCUCAUGCAACAGAUGGCAUCAAGCCUGUGUGUGAAAUAUGUGAAAGAAACUUUUCAAGUCGUAGUGCUUUAAACAAACACAAAAAAAUGCUUCAUAAACCGAAGCCCCACAUAUGCCCACAUUGCAACUCAGGAUUUGAAGAACGCAAAUAUAUGAUAAUCCAUGCGAAAAGGGCCCAUGACGCUGAUGUUCCUCUUGAAUUGCAGUCUACCUCAUCAGUUACCUUUGAUGUCAGUAACUUUGAAGCAGCUACUGGUUCAAAUGAGUGUAAAGAUCUCUAUAAAGGCAACUAUUCAAUACCUGUUGAAACUAACACUGUUCAAGCUUCAUCCAUGUCAAAUAACUCUGUUGAAACUCAAAAAGACCAUAAUCUGCCAAAUCAAAAUGAUAAUACCUCUUUGGCCAAAAAAGCACAGUCAAAUUCUCAUGCAGUAUGUGCUACAAUAGCAUGUGAAUUAUGCACAUCAACUUUCCCAUCUUUAGCUUACCUGGAGCAACAUAUGGCUGUGCAUGUAGGAGAGAAAACUUUCACAUGCCACGUUUGUGGGAUGAGUUUCAAUGGACGUCUUGAUUUGAAUAGCCAUAUGAGGCUACACACUUCCGAGAAUGACUGUACAAAUUUUGGUACCAACAACUAUAAUAAUGGAAAUUACAAUCAGUUUUCUACCAACCAAAUGCAUACAGGACAAGGGAGAGGUCCUCAGCUAUUUUACAGAUAUGCAUGUGCUGUCUGCAGUGAACAAUUUCUAACUCUAGGGAGCCUCAAAAGGCAUCAAGCUAAGGGACAUAACGCAGCUGUUUUGAACAUCUAGCAGAAAAGGGAAAUGAAAGGUGGAGACUUAUUGGGAGUUUUAUAUUUUGAUGACAUGGUACAGUUAUUAAUAUUAGUAAUAGGUAGAAAGAAAUAUCUAGGGACUACAUGUUCUUUUUACCUUACA